AUGGUGUUCACAUUACCUUCACUUCCUUCUGGUAUUUUAGGUGGAUUGAUCGAUACUUCACCUCCUGUAUUCUAUCCACCUUCAAGGAGUACACCUACCAAAACCACUCGUUCCCGUUCCCGUUCCCGAUCUCAUUCGCAGUCUCGACCACCAUGCCAAUCCCAAUCCCAAUCUCAGCCCCAAUACCAACACCAUUAUGAUCCCACAAAUCUUGAUUCUCCUCAUCAACAAUCCAUCAUACCUUUACCGUCACCGGCCAAUACAUCCAUGAGGAAUCUAGGGAAUCUCUUACCUGCCAACGCGUCAAUGACUGAUCUGACAGGUGAUUGGGAGCCAUUGCCGAAUGGUGGUCUACGUGGAAAAAGGAGGAUCUCAAUUAGCAGUAGUCACAAGUCUAAUUCCAGACCUUGUUCUCCACCUGCAAGAAUCACUCCAACUAGACCAGCGCAUAGAAGAUGUCAUUCAGCUUUACCAUCGUCUUAUACCAACACAGACAAACUGACAUAUUCAUUACCACCUCCCCCUACCACUGGUAAAUUGCACGAAUUCUCGAUUUCAAAGAAUCCAUUGGCUUCUACCAGCGCUAUAAGUUUACCUACUUUAGCAGAAGGUGAAUUGGAUCAUUCAUCAUAUACUCCGAUCAUCACAACCAUAGGAGCAGGUGGAGGAGGAGCUGGAGGGACAUUGUCAAUGCCACCCUCCCCAUUGGUUCGACCCAGAAAUCGAACAUCAUUCAAUCAGAACAGAACAAGUCCUGUAUCACCUUCGUUCCAUCCUCAGCUAGACGAAGAAGAUCUUCUUGAUAAGGAAGAAGAAAUUCCCCCAAUAGCCGUAACAAGCUCGAAACCUUUCAUACACAAAUCAAGCUCAUCUGUACCACCUCCACUCGAUGCUACCAGAUCUUCAAUGCCACCACCUCCGUUAAACCCUAUGAAUAUAACUUAUUCUCCUUCUAAAAGUAAACAGCGACCGUCCGCUUCCCCAAGAUCAUGGUCAGUCCAAGACAUACAUUCGAUAUCGGGUAUCGAUACUGGUGGUAUACCAAGAAGAGGAUUACAUUCCAGAAGAGAUAGUAUCGAGUCUACAAGUUCAGUAUCAGAUGUGGCUGUACUAGCUACCUGGUCAUUUCCAAAUUCCAAUGUUGAUAAUUCGAAUAUAAGUUCCGGAAGCUGCAAAGAGGAUAAGAUUUUUGAGAGAGGAAGAAAGCCAGGACCUGCAGAAAGGCUAAAAGAGAGAUUAAAGAAUAUACCCGGAAUCGAUACUGGACCUUUCUUCCCUACUUCAGGUAGUCUACCAUCACUUUCUAGACCAGCCUUAGGCAACACACCCGAUCGUAAGACUCAAACUACAACCGUAAUCCGUCCUUCAAGACCAUUGCCGUCCUACCUUCGACAUACGAACGGGAUUGGUAUCGGGAGUGGACAUAGGCAUACACAUUCGUCGCCGAACCUCUUGCAAAUCCCACAACAAGGUAAUAUGGGUCCACCAGCUAUACCAAUAUCAAAUUCGAAUCCACUUUUACCUCCUCCUAAACCAGUACAAAGAAGACCUACCACAUCCAGAUUGAGACAACCUAAUCCAUUAUCUAUGCCUCAUGGCCCUUUGCAUCAAUCAUAUACUUCUGUGGGCGGGAAUGGCUCAGGGACAGGGACAGGGAUUGGGAAUGGAAAUGGAAAUGGAAAUGGAAUUGCGAAAGAACAUGGCCUCGGUUCUUCACCUGGAAGUAUAGAUUCAGUAUCUGAUACGUCAACUCUUUGCCCUAGUCCUACAACAUCAGUUAAAUCACUCCCGUCGACUAGCGUAUCAUCCGACUCGGAGGAAAAUAAAGCAUGGUGGAGUUUCCCUUCAUUCAAGAGGACCACGUCAAUGGAACGAUCACCGUCUACGGAAAGGAAUUUAGGUAUCAAAGGCAAAAGUACAGAUACUUUGGUGAGCACCAAUAGCGAUGACGAUGAGGUCAUUACAAAAUUAAUUGUCAAACAAGAAUAUGGGUGGGAGAUUGACGAAAUCGAAAUUGACGAGGAAGAAUAUAUUGAUCUUGAUCAUAUGUAA